CGCCUGGCGGCCCAUUUCCUCCUUGGAGCCGGACGGGAGGGAGACAAAGCGGCGGCCGUCGGCUUCGCGCCUCUGGACUCUUUCUGCGCUCGCCCCGCUCGCCGCAGAAAUGACUACUGUCCACACAGGCAACAUAAAUUUCAAAUGGGACCCCAAAAGUCUAGAGAUCAGGACUUUGGCAGUAGAAAGACUGUUGGAGCCCCUUGUUACACAGGUUACAACCCUGGUAAACACCAAUACUAAGGGCCCCUCUAACAAAAAAAGAGGUCGUUCUAAAAAGGCUCAUGUUUUGGCUGCAUCUGUUGAACAAGCAACUGAGAAUUUCUUGGAGAAGGGCGAUAAAAUUGCGAAAGAGAGUCAGUUUCUCAAGGAGGAGCUUGUGGCUGCUGUAGAAGAUGUACGAAAACAAGGAGAUUUGAUGAAGAGUGCUGCAGGAGAGUUCGCAGAUGAUCCGUGUUCUUCUGUUAAGCGAGGCAACAUGGUUCGGGCAGCUCGAGCUUUGCUUUCUGCUGUUACCCGGCUACUUAUUCUGGCUGACAUGGCAGAUGUCUACAAAUUACUUGUUCAACUGAAAGUUGUAGAAGAUGGUAUCUUGAAAUUGAGGAAUGCUGGCAAUGAACAAGACUUGGGAAUACAGUAUAAAGCCUUGAAACCUGAAGUGGAUAAGUUGAACAUUAUGGCAGCUAAAAGACAACAGGAACUGAAAGAUGUGGGCCAUCGUGAUCAGAUGGCUGCAGCUAGAGGAAUCCUGCAGAAAAAUGUUCCAAUCCUCUAUACUGCAUCCCAGGCAUGCCUACAGCACCCUGAUGUUGCUGCCUAUAAGGCCAACCGGGAUUUGAUAUACAAGCAGCUGCAACAGGCAGUCACAGGCAUUUCUAAUGCAGCCCAGGCUACUACGUCAGAUGAUGCCUCCCAGCACCAGGGAAGUGGUGGAGGAGAACUGGCAUAUGCUCUCAACAACUUUGAUAAACAAAUUAUUGUGGACCCCUUGAGCUUCAGCGAGGAACGCUUUAGGCCUUCCUUGGAGGAACGCCUGGAAAGCAUCAUUAGUGGAGCUGCCCUGAUGGCCGACUCAUCCUGUACACGUGAUGACCGGCGUGAGCGAAUUGUGGCAGAGUGCAAUGCUGUUCGCCAGGCCCUGCAGGACUUGCUCUCUGAGUACAUGGGCAAUGCUGGACGUAAAGAAAGAAGUGAUGCACUCAAUUCUGCAAUAGAUAAAAUGACCAAGAAGACCAGGGACCUGCGGAGACAGCUCCGCAAAGCUGUCAUGGACCAUGUAUCAGAUUCUUUUCUGGAAACCAAUGUUCCACUUUUAGUAUUGAUUGAAGCUGCAAAAAAUGGAAAUGAGAAAGAAGUUAAGGAGUAUGCUCAAGUUUUUCGUGAACAUGCCAACAAGUUGAUUGAGGUUGCCAAUUUGGCCUGUUCCAUCUCAAACAAUGAAGAAGGCGUAAAGCUUGUUCGGAUGUCUGCAAGCCAGUUAGAAGCCCUCUGCCCUCAGGUUAUCAAUGCUGCAUUGGCUUUAGCAGCAAAACCACAAAGUAAACUGGCCCAGGAAAACAUGGAUCUUUUUAAAGAACAGUGGGAGAAACAAGUCCGUGUUCUCACAGAUGCUGUUGAUGACAUUACUUCCAUUGAUGACUUCUUAGCUGUUUCAGAGAACCACAUUUUGGAAGAUGUGAAUAAGUGUGUCAUUGCUCUCCAAGAGAAGGAUGUGGAUGGGCUAGACCGCACAGCUGGUGCAAUAAGAGGUCGAGCAGCUCGGGUCAUUCAUGUUGUCACCUCAGAGAUGGAUAACUAUGAGCCAGGAGUCUACACAGAGAAGGUCCUGGAAGCCACCAAGCUGCUCUCCAACACAGUCAUGCCCCGUUUCACUGAGCAAGUAGAAGCAGCUGUAGAAGCUCUCAGCUCAGACCCUGCCCAGCCAAUGGAUGAGAACGAGUUUAUUGAUGCUUCCCGCCUGGUGUAUGAUGGGAUCCGGGACAUCAGGAAAGCAGUGUUGAUGAUAAGGACUCCUGAAGAAUUGGAUGACUCCGAUUUUGAGACAGAAGAUUUUGAUGUCCGAAGUAGGACAAGUGUCCAAACAGAGGAUGACCAACUGAUAGCUGGCCAGAGUGCUCGGGCAAUCAUGGCUCAGCUUCCCCAAGAGCAAAAAGCAAAGAUUGCAGAACAGGUGGCCAGUUUCCAGGAAGAAAAAAGCAAGCUGGAUGCUGAAGUGUCCAAAUGGGAUGACAGUGGCAACGACAUCAUUGUGCUAGCCAAGCAGAUGUGCAUGAUUAUGAUGGAGAUGACUGACUUCACCCGAGGUAAAGGACCACUCAAAAAUACAUCAGAUGUCAUCAGUGCUGCCAAGAAAAUUGCUGAGGCUGGAUCCAGGAUGGAUAAGCUAGGCCGAACCAUUGCUGACCAUUGCCCGGACUCAGCCUGUAAGCAGGACCUUCUAGCCUACCUGCAGCGCAUCUCCCUCUACUGCCAUCAGCUCAACAUCUGCAGUAAAGUCAAGGCUGAAGUGCAAAACCUUGGAGGAGAACUUGUCGUCUCUGGGGUGGACAGCGCUAUGUCUCUGAUCCAAGCAGCCAAGAACUUGAUGAAUGCUGUGGUGCAGACAGUGAAGGCAUCCUAUGUGGCCUCUACCAAAUACCAGAAAUCUCAGGGUAUGGCUUCCCUCAACCUUCCUGCUGUGUCGUGGAAGAUGAAGGCACCUGAAAAGAAGCCCUUGGUGAAGAGAGAAAAACAGGAUGAGACACAGACCAAGAUCAAGCGAGCAUCUCAGAAGAAGCAUGUGAACCCCGUGCAGGCACUUAGUGAGUUCAAAGCCAUGGAGAGCAUCUAGGCCUGCCCUCGCCCCUUGGGGCUCCUGAAGAUUAGUUGCUGUUCUUCACUCAUGUGUAUUUGCUAAGUAGAGAACUGAUGUUAGAUUCCCCAGGGAAAAAGGCAGAUUUUUGAACCAAGGUGAUAAGUUUUAUAAGGACAAUGUUUGUAUUUUAAAUUGGUCAAAAAAUGCUUUCAUAGAAAUCAGAAGCAUAUUCCUAGUUAUAUUUUUAUAAGCUCAAGUAUAAAAAAAUCAUAACCAAAGAGAAAGCCACAUUAACUUCUUAGCAAUUAAUACUCUUGACUAAGUUGGAUACUUGUUUUCUAGAGGAGGUGAAGGUUUGAGAAGUGGGGAUUGCAGUGUGGUAGUAAAUGACCAAGGCGACCCCCUGGUGAGCAGCCUGGGGAAACAGGCUCUAUGGAAGGAAUUUACGAGAAAGCUCUUCUGAGGAAUAAACCAUAUAAACAAUAAAACAUAAUGUAUCAUGAAAAACUGAUUACUCUCUUUAUGAAAUGGGAAUUAUAAUGCAUGGCUACAAUUACUAAUGUGCUGUGCCGCAGGCCAUUAAUAAACUUGCUUUUUUUCCCCCUUUCUUCCAGCUUCAAAUGCAAAUUUAUCAUUGGGCUCACUUGUAAUAAUUGCCAUGUUUCCUGCUUUGGGCUCCCAGCAGAAGCCUGACAGAAUAGUGUUUGCUUAGGCAAUAAUUUAGCCUUUACCUUAUUUGUGAUUGCUAUAGCUACAAGGUAUAAUUUUACUGUCUUAUUUAAAUUUUAUGAAUUUGAAUGUUUUUUUUACACUAACUUUACCCAAUAAAGUCCACUUCAUGAAAUCAA